AUGAAUAUAUUUGAAGCAUUUACACUAAUACCAGGUUUGUUUGAUGGCGAUGAAUAUACUACACUAAUGAGUCAGAUUAAGGAAGAUGCUCAACGUCAGGGUCUUAUGCUUGAUUCGCCAGAUGAAUUAUAUAAAUGGUUUACGACCCAAGUGAUGCGAAAUCUCCAUGUUGUCUUUACAAUGAAUCCAUCUGGUGAAGGUCUUCGAGAACGAGCAUCAACUUCUCCUGCUUUGUUCAACAGAUGUGUGCUGAACUGGUUUGGAGAUUGGACGGAUUCUGCACUUUAUCAGGUUGGUAUGGAAUUGACUAAUACGCUCGAUAUGGAUCGUUCUGAUUACCAAGCACCUUUAACUCUUCCAGUAGUUUGUGACUUGCUUCCUUCACCUGCGCUGUAUCGUCACGCUGUUAUCAACACUUUCGUUCUUGUUCACAAUUCUGUGAGAAAAUUGAAUGAAAGUGAAACAAAGCGUGGUCAUAGAAUAAUGGCUUUAACUCCAAGGCAUUUUCUGGAUUUCAUCAAGCAUUACAUCAACUUAUUCCAUGAAAAACGGCGGGAUUUAGAGGAAGAAAAACUGCAUUUGAAUAUAGGUUUAAACAAGAUCAGAGAAACCGAGGAACAAGUUUUGGAAUUGCAGAAGUCCUUAACGCUAAAGAGCAGGGAAUUAGAAGCGAAAAAAGCUGCAGCUAAUGCUAAACUGAAAGAAAUGCUCUCCGAUCAGCAGCGCGCAGAGAAAGAAAAGCUAGCGAGCGAGCAACUUCAGAAGGAGCUUGCUGAGUCACUUAUUGAGAUCGAGAAAAAACGUACGGAAGUUCAGAAGGAUUUAGCACAAGUGGAACCAGCUGUAGAUGAGGCAAAACAAGCAGUAAAAGGUAUUCGAAAAUCUCAGCUUGUCGAAGUUCGGUCAAUGGCUUCACCACCUCAGCCUGUGAGACUAGCUUUGGAAUCAAUAUGUUUGCUGCUUGGAGAAAAUGUAAGCACGGAUUGGAAAGCCAUUCGAGGUGUUAUGGUUAAAGAUGAUUUCAUGCCAAGAAUCCUUAAUUUCGAUACAGACAGCAUUUCCCCUGAAACUUUAAGAAUGAUGGAGAAGUACAUCCGUAAUCCUGACUGGGACUUCGAAAAGGUGAAUCGAGCAUCAUCAGCUUGUGGUCCAAUGAUCAAGUGGAUGAAGGCACAACUUCUAUAUUCAGAUAUGUUACGGAAAGUAGAACCGUUGAGAAAUGAAUUAGAACGGUUAGAAAAAGAUGCAAAAAUUAAAACAACCAAGGGGGAAGAUUUGAAAAAAACAAUUGCAAAAUUGGAACAGAGUAUUGCUGCAUAUAAAGAGGAAUAUGCUCAACUGAUUGGUCAAGCUGAAGCUAUCAAAGCAGAUUUAGCAACUGUGAAAGAGAAGGUCGGUCGAAGUACUCAGCUUUUAAAAAGCUUAGGUUCUGAAAGAGAUCGUUGGAAUGGCAGUUGUGAUGGCUUUAGCCAACAAAUGGACUCUCUGAUUGGUGAUGCGUUGCUGAGUGCUGCAUUUUUAGCUUAUUCUGGUUACUACGAUCAGCAAUUACGUGAUCUUUUAUUCCAUCGUUGGACUGCCUUCGUUGAGCAAGCAGAAAUAAAGCAUCGCUUAGAUUUGGCUCGCGUAGAAUAUCUUUCAUCGGUCGAUGAGCGUUUGGAAUGGAAUAAAAAUGGCUUGCCGGUUGAUGAACUUUGCGCUGAGAAUGCAAUUAUGCUUCAUAGAUUUAACCGUUAUCCAUUAAUUAUUGAUCCAUCGGGUCAGGCAAUCAGUUACUUGAUGAAACAAUUUGCUGGAAAAAACAUCUCAAAAACAAGUUUUCUAGACGAUUCUUUCAGGAAGAAUUUGGAAUCCGCACUGCGAUUUGGCAAUUCUCUUCUUGUUCAGGAUGUCGAAAGUUAUGAUCCAAUCUUAAAUCCUGUUUUGAAUCGUGAAGUGAAAAGAACAGGUGGUCGAAUUUUAAUCAGACUGGGUGAUCAGGAUAUUGAUCUCUCCCCGUCAUUUCAAAUAUUUCUGAUCACACGGGAUGCUUCGGUUGAAUUUUCACCGGAUGUUUGUUCAAGAGUAACAUUUGUCAACUUCACAGUGACGCGUGCUUCACUUGAAAUGCAGUGUUUGAAUCAAGUGCUAAGAAGUGAACGUCCAGAUGUUGACGAAAAGCGCAACGACUUAUUGAAGUUGCAAGGGGAGUUUGCUGUAAGAUUAAGGCACCUGGAAAAAGCUUUACUGACAGCACUUAAUGAAAGUAAAGGAAAAAUACUGGAUGAUGACUCAGUAAUAUCAACUCUUGAAAAAUUAAAAAAUGAAGCUGCGGAAGUUGGCCGCAAGGCGGCAGAGACUGAUAAAGUGAUGGCAGAGGUGAGCUGUAGUGGUGAUUUAAUUACUUGUUCAUAUGAAUUGGCUAACAAUUCUUUUCAACUUAUCAAAUCAAGUUGACA